UCUUUUUUUUUUUUUUUUCCCUUUUCUUUUAUUCGGAGCUGGGGACCGAACCCAGGGCCUUGCGCUUGCUAGGCAAGCGCUCUACCACUGAGCUAAAUCCCCAACCCCUCAACUCUUUACUUAGAAAUUUCUGUAAUCUUCAGGGCCAACUUACUUCAAAUGAUGCAAACAUUUCAGUUCCUGGCUAGUUCAUUCAUGUUGUCUUUGUCUGAGAGCAUCCCGGAACAGCCUUCCUCUUGCACAAAUAGUUUGUUGUUGUUGUUGACUUCUAUUGUCCCCCGCCUGCUUCCUUGGCAGUCAGUGUUGCUUUUCUCCAGGCAUACAUUUUCCUUAAGUCCCCUUACACUCUGAGGAACCUAAGCUGUUGAAUUGGCCUCUUCCCCUCCCAUUCUUUCGGAUAUCCCUCUUACCUUGCAUAACACCAACUCUGCUGCCUGUGCAGAGAAAGCACUGCCUUCUCCGAGUGGCAGGUAGUCUUUUAGUCUGUGGACCUCAGCUUGGGAAGGAGGUGUGGGGUGUGGCUCCAGGGAGGCCCAUACCACAGAGGCGGUGUUGCCAGCCAACCUAAGUGGACAAGCAUGUGCCAGCAUGCAAGCAAGACAUUCCCCUACCCACAACUCCCAGCGAAGCAAAAGCAGAGUCCACAUGGAGUCACCAGGAACUCAGCCACAUAAAAUACUUCUUCUUUUUCAAGAGCUGUAAGGGGCCAUGCCAAAGCUAAUCCUGGUAACCAACUGUGUGUGGUUGCAAGGCAGCGCCCUGAAAAUAGACUCCAUCGUGAGAGGCAUAGCACAGUGGCAAGCAUUGGUUUGUAAAUGGAGGAUUGGGGCUUUGAAACUAGAUAGGAGGUCAAGCUUGGAGGUGGGGGAUAGGUUUUCAGUUUUUUUGGAGGCAGCUCUUCAGACAGGUGCAGGGAAUGAGUAAUAUGCCACUCCCCAAUGGCACAGCUCAGCCAAUAAGCACCAGGCUUCUCCCCGGUCGUAUAGCAUGGUCUCUGUGCCUGUCACGAGCUGGAUCAGCAACCAAACCCAGAUUCCAGGAUAACAUAAACGUUUUUUUGAAAGCUUGUGAACAGAUUGGAUUGAAAGAAGCCCAGCUUUUUCAUCCCGGGGAUCUACAGGAUUUAUCAAACCGAGUCACUGUCAAGCAAGAAGAGACUGACAGGAGACUGAAAAAUGUUUUGAUAACUUUAUACUGGCUGGGAAGAAAAGCACAAAACAACCCCUACUAUCAUGGUCCCUAUCUCAAUUUGAAGGCUUUUGAGACUCUUUUAGGACAAGCUUUGACUAAGGCACUUGAAGAUUCUAGCUGCCUGAAGAGAAGUGGCCGGGACAGUGGCUACGGGGAUAUCUGGUGUCCGGACAGAGGAGACUUUCCUGCCCCUCCCGGGAGCCACAGGAGGGAAGAUUCCUUUGAAAGCUUGGACUCCUUGGGGUCUAGAUCACUGACCAGCUGCUCCUCAGACCUCACUCUCAGAGGCGGGAGGGAAGGUUGCGAAAGUGACAACGAUUGGGAAUUCACCUUCAAAAUGCAGGAUUAUAACAAAGAUGACAUGUCCUACCGACGGAUUUCGGCCAUUGAACCGAAGUCAGCUCUACCAUUCAAUCGCUUCUUGCCUAACAAAAGCAAGCAGCCAUCCUAUGUGCCAGCGCCUUUGAGGAAGAAGAGGCCAGACAAAAAUGAGGAUAAUAGAAGAAGCUGGGCUAGCCCUGUCUACACAGAAACAGAGGGAACAUUUUCAAGUACCCAGAGGAGAGCUUGGGGUCCCAAGAUGGAGAACUGGCACACAGUUCAAGAAACUUCCACCUCCUCUUGGUGUUUAGAAGAGGAAGAAGAAAAAGUCACACGCUUGCCCAAUGUUGUGAAGGACGAUCUCUAUGUGCGGAAGCUUAGCCCAGUCAUGCCCAGCCCAGGGAGUUCUUUCGAUCAAUUCCUUCCCAAAGGCUGGACCCCUGAAGAUAUGAACUGGAAAAAAAUAAAAAGAGAGACUUAUAAGCCAUGGUAUAAGGAAUUUCAGGGACUCAGAAGGAAUUCUGACUCUGAGGAUGAGGAUGGAGGCUCUUUCAGAAGCUCCACCAUUUUUAGUAGACUAGAAAAGGCAGAACAUAGGUUAGCCAGCAACGACCAAAGACCUUCACUCUUGCUGGCGCUAGCUACCAAACAUGCUAUGAGGUCACGGGACAGCCAUGCAGCCAGGAGGACCAGCAGUGCUUUGGAGGAAUCCAGUCAGUUUUUAUUGCUUCAGGCCCUCCAAACCUACUCUGAUGAUAUCUUGUCUUCGGAGACAAAUGUCAAACUCGAUCCUACCUCUGGCCCGAGGCUCAUAACUCGCAGGAAGAACUUUUCUCCCACCCCAGGCUACCGAGCCCACGACCUCGAGCCGCAAUCCCUAGAUCCUGACUUAGAAAAUGACGAUUUCUUUGUCAGAAAAACGAGGGCUUUCCAUGCCAAUCCGUGUGUUCUUCGAGCCUUCGAAGACUUUAGGCGGUUCUCCGAGCCGGACGAUGCUGUCGAACGCGAUAUAAUUUUGCAGUGUCGGGAAGGUGAACUCGUACUUCCGGAUUUAGAAAAGGAUGACAUGAUUGUUCGCAGGAUCCCAGCUCAGAAGAAAGAAGUGCCCCUUUCUGGGGCGCCAGAUAGAUACCAGCCAGUCCCCUUCCCUGAACCGUGGACUCUACCUCCAGAAAUCCAAGCGAAAUUUCUCUCGGUGCUUGAAAGGACAUGCCCUCCCAAAGACAAACCAAGUAGCUGUAGGGUGUUAGUACCUUCCCAUCGACUGAAGAAAGACGACAUGUUGACUCGCAAGAUCCAGUCUUGGAAGCUGGGGACUGCUGUGCCACCCAUCAGCUUCAGGCCUGGCCCCUGCAGCGAGGCCGACCUACGGAAGUGGGAGGCCAUCCGGGAGGCCAGCAGACUUAGGCACAGGAAGCGGCUGAUGGUUGAGAGACUCUUUCAAAAGAUUUAUGGUGAGAACGGAGCUGGGCCCGAUGACUUUGUAGGAUUAUCAGGUCAUAACAAUCAGGACAAACAAUCAAGGAGCAAGUCCCUGAGCGAUGUCAGCGCAGAGGAUGUUCAGAGCCUGCGUCAGCUGCGCUACGAGGAGAUGCAGAAAAUAAAAUCCCAGUUGAAGGAGCAAGAUCAGAAAUGGCAGGAUGACCUUGCGAAAUGGAAAGAUCGCCGGAAGAGUUACACUUCAGACCUGCAGAAGAAAAAGGAGGAGAGGGAAGAAAUUGAAAAGCAGGCCCUUGAGAAGUCUGAUCGAAGCUCCAAGACAUUCAGGGAAAUGCUGCAGGACAGGGAAUCUCAAAGUUCUACAACUACAUCUAGAAGGAGGAUCUAUUCCUCUGAUGACAUCCUGGAUGAUGGCGUGCUCCCUCCUACAGUGACUCUGUCAGAAACUAGUUACCAGAGCGAGAGGCUAGAAGACAAGGCAAGAGCUCAUCCUGCUGAGAUGCCCAAGGAAGAUUCCACAACAUUUGCAAGUAGAGAGGACGGUAUAGCAGCCGAGAUCCCGCUUGCUUCUCAUAUUCCUGAAGAGCGACGUCAGGCCCCUUGGCCUUCUGCAGAAACACGCCAGGCCUCUUCAUCUUCCGCAGAAUCGCACCAGGCCUCCUUGCCUUCCACAGAAUCAGACCAGGCCCGGUUGCCAUCUGCAGAACCGCACCAGGCCUCUUUCUCUUCUGCAGAACCUCGCCAGGUCCCUUUGGUCUCUGCAGAACCACACCAGGCCUCUUCUUUCUCCUCCACAGAACCGCACCAGGCCUCUUUGUCUUCUGCACUACAGCGUCCAUCCUCACUCUCUUCUUCUCAGCAGUCAUGGAGCACAAGAGGAGAGUCAACUCGGAUUUCAGCUUCUCUCCCUAGAAGUUACCAGAGAAGUGAUACAGCCAGGCUAACAUCUGUGGUCACAGCGAGACCUUUUGGCACAUCGUCACGGGGAAUCUCAUCACUGCCCAGAUCCUACACGAUGGAUGAUGGCUGGAAAUACAAUGGAGAUGUUGAAGUUGUCAAGAGAGAGCAACAUGAUUCGGGCAGAGCCGCCGGCAUGAAGCCUGACUCCAGCCACUUUAUUUUGGGCUCAUCUAGUGAGAAGGAGGUAGCCACAGGAGAAGAUGUGGCAAGCCUGUCCUCUUUCGUACUCCCUUCUUCCUCAUCUCUCUCCCACGACCAGGCAGCCUCCUCAAAAGCCACAUUCUCAUCAACGUCUGGCCUGGAUUCAGUGUCUGACUCUGGAGAAGGGAGAAGCUCAUCACUGAGGGAAGUUUCAAGGUCCCCGGAUCAGUUCAGCGAUAUGAGAAUCAGCAUAAACCAGACGCCCGGGACCAAACAUGACUUUGGAUUUACAAUAAAAUGGGAUGUUUCUGGGAUCUCUGUAGCAUCAGUUGAAAAAGGUAGCCCAGCAGAAUUCUCUCAGCUGCAGGUAGAUGAUGAAAUUCUCGCCAUCAAUAACACCAAGUUUUCAUAUAAGGACACAAAAAAGUGGGAAGAAGCUAUGGCAAAUGCCCAAGAAACUGGAAACUUAGUGAUGGAUGUCAGGCGCUACGGAAAGUCCGACUGGGGCAAAGACCAACCUUCCCAGCCAUUUGUACAGCAUAAAACCCUCAAUCUUACCAGUGUGGCUACCAAAAUUAUAGGUUCACCCGAAACAAAGUGGAUCGAUACAACUUCAGGAAUUUACAGCACAGAGAAGUCUUCAAGUCUAUCAGUGACAACUGAUUUCUCUGAAAGCCUUCAAAGUCCUUAUUCUGAAUCCAAAGAAAUCAAUGGAAUUCAUGAGGAGAGCAACGCCUUUGAUUCAAAAGCAUCAGAAUCCAUUUCUUUGAAAAAUUUAAAAAGGCGAUCACAAUUUUUUGAACAAGGAAGCUCUGAUUCUGUGGCUCCUGAUCUUCCGGUUCCAACCCUCAGUGCCCCGAGUCGCUGGGCUUGGGAUCAAGAGGAGGAGAGACGGCGGCAGGAGCGGUGGCAGAAAGAGCAAGAUCGCCUACUGCAGGAAAAAUACCAACGUGAGCAGGAGAAGCUGAGGGAAGAGUGGCAGAGAGCUCAGCAGGAGGCGGAGAGAGAGAAUUCCAAGUACCUGGAUGAGGAGCUGAUGGUCCUAAAUUCCAACAGCAUUUCCCUGACCUCCCGGGAGUCUGUGACUGCCUCCUGGGAACCCAGCUGGAGUGAAGGGUCCAAGUCUCUGGACAGGGAAGGCACCCGAGCCGGAGAUGAGGACCGGGGACAGCUGGAAGACGAUGCUGUGUAUGAGGACCAAAGUCAGAAGCUGCAGGAAAGGCUCAUGCUUGAGCAUGAGAAGAAAAGGAAGGAGCAAGAGGCUCAGGAAGAGGAGCUCCGGAAGCAGCGGGAAGCUGAGGCUCAAGCUCGGGCUGAGGCAGAAGCCCAGGCCAGGGCCGAGGCUCAGGCCCGGGCAGAGGCCCAGGCCCAGGCCGAGGCUGAGGCUAGAAAACGAGCUGAAGCACAGAAGCUCCAGGCAGAGAGGGAACGAGAAACUUCGGUCAAAAUAUACCAGUACCGGAGGCCUAUUGAUUCCUAUGAUCUACCAAAGAGAGAAGAAGAAUCUUCAGGGCUGCUUCCAAUUGACAGGAGUAAAUCAAGAUCUACUACAGAGCUGAACGACCCCCUCAUAGAGAAGAGUGGAAGCAGCAAAUAUUCAGAUCGAAUUGGGACCACUAGCUUUUCACAAAGGAGUUCUAAGAAGGAUCAAGGCCCCUCGGAAGCGGAGUUGGAGAGACAGCAAAUCCUUCAGGAAAUGAGGAAGAAAACAUCUCUCCACAAUGACAACAGCUGGAUCCGACAGCGCAGUGCCAGUGUAAACAAGGAGCCCAUCUGCCUGACUGGGAUCAUGAGAAGAGGGGAGUCUCUGGACAAUCUGGAUUCCCAGCGGCCAGGAUCUUGGAGGCAGUCCUCCUGGCACAGCCAGCCUGCAGGAGUCUACGCAUCUUCCUCUGUUCAAGACUUUAGUCGCCUGCCACCACAGCUGUUGUCCACGUCAAACCGUGCCUACAUGCGGAACCCAUCCUCUGCGGUACCGCCUCUAGCUGGCUCAGUGAAGACCUCCCCGGGGUCUCCCUCUCCACGUAGCCAUUCUCCUUCGAUGUCACAGUCAGGCUCUCAGCUACGUAACAGGUCAGUGAGUGGGAAACGUGUGUGCUCCUACUGUAAUAGCAUUCUGGGCAAAGGAGCCGCCAUGAUCAUCGAGACCCUGGGUCUUUGUUAUCAUUUACAUUGUUUUAAGUGUGUCUCCUGUGAGCGUGACCUCGGAGGCUCUUCCUCCGGAGCCGAAGUCAGAAUCCGAAACCACCAACUGUACUGCAAUGACUGCUAUCUCCGAUUCAAAUCUGGCCGGCCAACCGCCAUGUGACGUAAGCCUCCACUCAAAAGCACUGUUGCAGAUAGAAGAGGAGACGGUGGUCACUGAGGCAGAACUAUAAAAAAUGGUGUAUGUUUUCCCCUCUUUUUAAAAAAAAAAAAAAAAGAAUAAUCUUUGCCUCGUUAGAUGACAUAGGAACACUGUGGUGUUGGUAGGACCUGUAUUUUUGUUGUUUAUUUAUAAGAAGGUAAUUAUGUGUGUGUGGGGGAAGAGUGCAGUAUUUACCUUUUGAACUCAGCAUCCUAAAAGCACAAGUGGGAAACAAAACAAAACUCAAGAACUUAAAAAAAUACUUCUCAUGCUGAUGAUCUGAUGAUCUAGUUUGACUUUUAAGUGGUUUUUCAAAGAGGGUAUUUUGUUUCAAUUUUUUUUAAGUUCUUAAACAUUAUUUGAAAUAGUUAAUAUAAAUAUGUAAUUGUGUUUGUCUAUUAUAAUGUAUUCUAAGUUAAUGUGGAACCAUAUGAAAAAUUUUCACCUAAAUCCACCCAUAAAUUUGCUCUUUGUGGCUUUCUUUACCCAGAAAUAAUCCAGCUGAAAAGUGAUUUUGCUUAUGUAAUGUUUUAUUUGCUUGAGGAGGGCACUCUGUUUUCUUUACCAGGACUGUUGUGGCUAAGCAAAUGCCAGUAGAAAAGCUGUUUAUUUUCAAUAAUGAAAAAUAAUUGUGGUUUGUAUACCGGUAAUUUCCUCCAGAAACUAGUGAGCGUCUCUGUUCAGUUGCCUUUGUAAAUAAAAUUUGUGAUGCAUUUAAGGAACAGUUUUUAAAACUA